GUAUUUAUUUUCUCAUUUCUAAAGCAGAAAGGGAAAAAAUAUGUACUCUUCGGUUGCGGUUCCCCUCUUCUGUAUGCAAGCGUGUCUGACUGCGGCGCUUCAUCGUUUGUGAGACAGGUAUGAAGCCCCCACCCGCUCCGUUUUGAAUUAGUGUUGUCUGCUGCACACCCACACCCACACACACCCAUGGCAUCUGCAUCUCAGAUUGCUGCGUAGUCUCGUUGCCUUUCCUCUUCUUUUAUUCUCUUCACGACGGUGUUUUUUUUUAUUUCUACUGUUGUUUACGCUCUUAUGCUCCUGUUGUUGAACAGCUUGUGGUGGUGGUGGUGGUGUAUGUGUACGAAAUGGAAGUUCAAAUCGCGGCCAACGAAUCCGGCGAGAGAGAGAGAGCGGGACGGAGCGACGAAAGGCGCUGCGGUUCGGCGUCUCCUUUCAUAUAUAUAUUCUUCCCCGGUUGUUGUUUUUAGUUUUAGAGGAGGCAGACGUCCUCAAGCGCAUUGCGACACCACAGCUUUGUACGCUUCCUCUCUGUGUGAUUGUCGCUGAUGAUGUUUGUGUGUGUUUCUCCCUCAUCCCCUUUCUUUCCUUUUCCUUUUCUGGCCGUCGCAUCCUCUCCUCGUUUUUCCUCUUUCUGCAAGCAAUUGCAUUGCAGCGUCUGUUUGGAGCAUGGUGGCUGCCUGGCACCGUCACGAAGCUGUUGUAUGAACGGCGUCUUCCCUGUGCCUCUGCUGCACACACACAGAGAGAGAGAGACAGACACACGAACACAAGCACGCGACAAACAAAAGGAAUGCUUGCGCCCCUUUCUAUCACGCUACAGACUCUCUAUAUACAUAUAUAUUUAUAUUUUACACUUCGAAGCCUCCACUUCUUUAUCGUCCUCUUAGCGAGCCCUCUCUCCGCCUCACUCUGCCUCUGACCACAACUGAUAGAAACUCGCACCCCGUCACAUCUCUCUUUUCUCUCCUUUGGUUAUAUGUUCCGCAGCACCCACACAAACACAAACAAAACUAUUGUUUAGGAAGAACAUAAACCCCUUCGUUCGUCAUGCACGCGCCGCAGUCUACGGUGCAGUCCCUGACAGAGCCCACCGGCACUUCGUGCCCCGCGUCCUCGCUAGUGUGGGGAGUGCUGGUCUCCAACACGGCUCCGACGAAGGAGAACGGCCUGCUCACGUACGCGCAAGCGCGCUACGCCGGUGUGUGUUCAACGCAGUCGUCUGUAAUCGACUCUGUCGAUGCUGGCGUGUUGUCUGCGCCAGGUGAUGCAUGGCUGUGGAACCACCUACCUUCCGCGCAACGGUCCCGGCACUUUCCAGUGGGCUCCUCCGGCGAUGCCGCGCACACGCACCGUGCAGAGGUGCAGACGGUAAAUGAGUGGUGCUCCACAUUGCACCUCCUGCUGCCUCUUUGUAGCCGCAGCGGGCAGGGUCAGGUGACGGUGGGCCGCUUGACGAGCAACGACGUCGUCCUCGCAACAAAUCCGUGUGUCAGCUGCGUGCACUGUUCGCUGUCGUAUCAGCAGGGCAGCACCAGAGAGGUGGACAGCCUUCACGGCACGGACGCAGAGACGCAGCGCGCCGCGGACGAGGCGGCGGUCGCGGUGGCACGCGCGGUCGCGCAGCACAACGGAUACGCGAUGGAGGAUGAUCUGCUGCAAGAGAAGUUCAGAGAGGAUGCGUUGCAGAACGAGGACGAACAGCAUCAAGUGCAACAGGACGGCGACGUCAACAACAAGGGAGCGAACGGAGAAGGCCUGGCUUCUUCUUCUCCUCCCCCUCUCCCUGCUCGGGAUGUUGCGGCGGUCGGCGAGAGGGUGAACAUUCUUCUUUCCGACUACAGCACUAAUGGCUGCAUGGUGGAGGGUCGGCACGUGGGCAAAGGCAAGUCCGCGCGGCUGCGCAGCGGGGACACGGUGGAGCUGAUCAACGCCGGCCCGCGCCACACCGCCGACUACAACCUCUCCUUCACGUUUUUAACGGCGGAUGGCUUUCUUGCAUGGGUGUUGCUGCAACAAGUCAAUCACCCACCACACGCGCAACACGCCGAGGGUCACCAAACGACACACGACGCUGACGCGCCGCUUUCACGCUCCGAUGAUACAGCAGCGGCAGCACAUCGUCGUGAGCAGCGUCAGCGCCAGACCGUCGCACGACGGCACGCGCUGCUCUGCAAAGCGCAGUGGAAUGUCGAGGCGCAGGUGCGCCGCAUGUAUGGUCACCGCGUCGAGGAGUUCUACACGUUAGACCGCGCGAAGCCGCUUGGCCAAGGCACGUUCGGUGUCGUGUACCGCGCCGCCUUGCGCAACGACCUCGGAGAGGAUAGUGCGUCAGGGCGCGCUCCUCAAGCCCCCUCUCUCAGCACUGUUGCCGCGGCGAUCCUCUCGAAGGUAAAUAUCAUCGACCACGGCAGCAACGGCACGAGUCAAACACACGGAUGGGAGCAGCAGCUUUUCAGCACGGCUGCCGCGUGCGUGUGGACGAAAAACGCGACGGAGGAGGCGGAGUUAGGCGCAGCCUACGUGCGGGAGAAGGAGCGGCGGUCGCCAACAGCGGUGCUACGAGCUGCCGCCGGAUCGGCCGUUCAGUACGUUUUUGCAGUCAAGAUCAUCCGCAAGCAACGCAUGCUGCUGAACGUGCUGCAGCAACAGGAGGCAAACAGCGAUGACGCGCACGAGAAGUCGGGCACACCGCUGCACGGGCGAGACGAUACGCCAAUCCCGGUGGCCACGACCGCGACGACGAUCUCCACCACCAUGACCGCAGGGGAGGCGGCCGUGGUGCAGCAGUUGGUGCUGUUAGAAACGCAGCCGGAUGACCUGGCAGCGCAGCGGCGAGAGGAGUGGACAGCCGGGGCCCUCGCCAGUCUGCAGCUGGCGGAUGCCGCGGCGGGGUCGGGCAGCUUCAUCGGGAAGAGCCACGACGACUCCACCUCGCCUGUGUUUUCACUCGGUUCACAAGAAGCGGAUGCGGAGGCGCAGCACGGGAAGGGUCGGAAGCACAGUGAACGGGUGUCCACGGAAAGCAACGCGGGGGUGUUAUGGAAGCAGCGAGGUGUCAACGCACAGCAGCGAGAGCAGCGGCGACACGAGCUGCUGCGUUGUCUGCCAGAGCCGCUUCGCCGCUCCUACGAAAAGGAGCUGCAGCACCGCCGCCGGCAGCAGUGUGAAAUAAACAUCCUCCUCGCCGUGCGCCACCCGAACGUCACGGCGCUGUUUGAGGUGUUUGACCAGCCGGAUCAGCUCGCCCUCGUCAUGGAGCAGGCGACCGGCGGGGAGGUCUGGGACCUCCUGCAGCCGUACAGGCGCCGAAAGCGUAGCCGGUGGGCGACGCGGAAGCAGCCACGUGCGGACGAUCCAUCAAGCGUUGCACGUGAUGCCGCGUGCGACGCAACGGCCGAGGACUCGCAGGCGGAGGCCAGCGAAGGCGAAGGCGCGCCGGCGUACGACGACAUCGACCUCAUCGGGAUCGGCGGCCCGCUCCCGGAGUACCUGGUGAAGCUAAUUAUCGUCCAGGUUCUCGAAGCUGUCCUGUACCUCCACACGAUGGGCAUCAUUCAUCGAGAUUUGAAGUUGGAGAACCUGAUGCUGCUCCGGCCGUGUGACCGCUACGCGCUGAACGCGCUGCAGCUGCAGUUGUUGCUGCAGCAGCUACGUGACUACGAGCAUUCCACGUUGAGGGGAACGCAAUGCCCCGUCACGCCCGCAUCGCCGAGUUCCAACGCAGCGGUCGCCGAAGUCGAGUUCUGCAACCCCCUCUCCGUCCUGCACACCGUUCACAUCCCGCGUGCGCUGUGGCCGGUGGUGAAGGUGACCGACUUCGGCCUGUCCCGUGUGCUGGACCAACUGCAGACUCGGCCGUCUUCCACAGCGGAGACGCUGCACGGUUUCGCCGCCGCAGAGCACGGCGCCGAAGUGCCUGAGCGGGUCCGUCUCGUCUACGCCCGAAACGACGCGACGACGAGCUGCGGCACGCCGAUUUACGCCGCCCCGGAAGUGACGCAUCCCACGCUGCGGCCCAACAAGGUCGGCUACAGCGCCGCGGUGGACAUGUACUCCGUCGGCGUCAUCGCGUACGCGCUGCUGACGGGGCGGGCGCCGUUUCCAUCGAAGCGGCACCCCCGACGACCCGACGGGCCGCCCGUCGUGGACUACGACGCCCCGCUGCGGUUUCAGCGGCGUCGACGUCGACCCGCCACACAGGAGCGCAACAGGAGUGAUCCACCCACCCCACCACAGCAGCAGCAGCAGCAGCAGCCUGCCUGCGCGGACGAGCCCUCGGCCUGUCUGCCACCACUGGCGGUUGUGGAGUCGGUGCGAGUGCCGUUGCUGCCGGAGCUGCCGUCGAACUUCGUGGCCACCACAGCCGCAGCCACGACGGCAGCGACAACUGGAAAAGAGUCCAGCGCGAUGGCCGCGACGGCGCAUACGCAGCUGUGGCGCGUGCACGCAGAGGCGCUGGCUGCUCGUGUGCGUCGCGCUCAAGACGGACGCGCCGACGACGACCGCAGCAACAAGCGCAGAUUGCAUUCUAACAAGCGUGAGACCAUUUCGUUGUUCACCACCACGGUCCAUCAGCUGAGUUGCUCGCUCGCAAGCUACGCGGAAGGCUGCGCCUUUCAUCGCGCCGAGGUGGACCUGGAUCGUCUCGUGUACGUGUCGACGGAGGCGGCCACGGCAGCAAAUGACGGGGCUGCAGCAGCGUCCGCGUCAAACGGUCGCACAGUGGACGCCGCCGGGUGUGUCGCUGAUGUCGCGCUGCCUCCCAUCUCCGCCCUCGGCGCGUCGUUCCUGCGCGGGUUGCUCGAGAAGUACCCGUCGCAGCGGCUGACGGCGUACGAGGCGUUGCGACAUCCGUGGCUGCGUGAGUGCGUGGCGGCAGCGGAGGUGGCGGCGCCGGCGCACAACAGCGUGUCUUCGGUGGUGCCAUGA